AUGAGGGGCUGCAGCACCCUUUCGUUGACUCCUGCGCGGUGCACAUCUCCUCUGACCUACCGCGUCAGGACUUGCACCCACCGGCUAGGCCCAACUGGGCCCCCGUCCAGCACCACCAAUGGCACCGCCUCGACGUCUGCGGAGGCUCCAAGCCCACAGCAUGCCGUGGUCCCUGCCAGGGGAUUGCCUGGGCGGGACUAUGGUGCCCUGGACCGAACGCAGUACGGGCUAUUCGUCCAGUUCUUUCGACAGGCCUCGCCCUACAUUGAAGGCCACAGGGGGCGAACCUUCGUGAUCAGCAUUCCUGGAGAGGUGGUCUCCAAUCGGAGUCAACUGAGUGCCCUGCUGGAGGACAUUGCGCUCCUGCAUGGUCUGGGCGUCCGGCUCGUGCUCGUGCUGGGCACCCCCGCCCCUCCCGUCUCCGACACAUCCUCACCCUACCCCGUCACCGACUCCGAUGCCAUGGAGCGGCUCAUCCAGGCAGCGGGCCUGGCUCGCCUCCAGGUGGAGGCCUUCCUCUCCAAGGCCCCCACGGUGGCCCUGGCCCGGCGCCACACGCGCGGCAAGCGCGGCGAGCCCCCCACCGUGCACACGCCCAGCCUCAGCGUCGUCUCCGGCAACUACCUGGCGGCCAAGCGCCGGGGCGUGGUGGGCGGGGUGGACCACGGCGCCACGGGCAUGGUGCGCCACGUGGCCGCCGCCUCGGUGGCCGCGCAGCUGGCGGCCGGCAGCAUCGUGGUGCUGUCCGGGCUGGGCUUCAGCGCGGGCGGCGAGCCGCUGGCCUGCCCGCCCACGGGCGUCGCGGCGGCGGCCGCCGUGGCCCUGGGCGCCGACAAGCUGCUGCUGCUGACCACCAGCGUGGCGCUGCGCCGCUCUCGCGAGCUCUCCGGCUGGCUGCCCCUGCGCGACGCGGAGGCGCUGCUCUGCGCGGCGCUGCCGGACCCCGCGCGCCGCGCCGACCUGCUCGCCGAGCUGGCCGCCCUGGGCGGCGGCGGCGGCGGCGGCGGGGGGGAGGUGCCCGCCGGCGUCGGUGGUCACCCCGACGCCGCGGCGACCGCCGCACCGGCCCCCGCCUCCCCUGCCCUCCCCCCCGCCCAGCGCGACCUGGACUUCGACCUGGAGAAGUGGGCGGCGGCGGGCGCGGCGCUGCCCCUGCUGGCGGCCUGCGCGGCGUGCCGCGCAGGGGUCAAGCGCGCGCACCUGGUGGACGCGGCGGGGGAUGGCGGCCUGCUGCUGGAGCUCUACUCCCGCGACGGCGUCGGCUCCAUGGUCUCCACCGACCUGUAUGAGGGCAUGCGCCCCGCGGAGCCGCGCGACCUGGGCCCCAUCGCCGAGCUGCUGCGCCCGCUGGAGGAGGGCGGGUUCCUGGUGCGCCGCUCCGCGGCGCGCCUCGCCGCCGACCUGCCACACUUCACGGUCUGGGAGCGGGAGGGCCGCGUGCUGGGCUGCGUGGCAGCGCCCCCCCUGGGCGAUGGCGUGGCGGAGCUGGGUGCCUUUGCCGUGCACCCCGCCUACCGCCGCCUGGGCAAGGGCGACGGGCUGCUGGAGUGCGUGGAGGCGGCCGCCGCCGCGGCGGGCGCGCACACGCUCGUGCUGCUGACCACGCGUACAGCCGACUGGUUCGCGCAGCGCGGCUUCCGCCACGUGGGGCCCGCCGCGGGAAACGCGCUGCUGCCGGAGGCCAGGCGGGCCCAGGGCGUUGUGAGCGCGGCCACCGGCGCCGCGCUGACCCUCGUCCUUCGUAGAGCGUUGAUCGGCAGCCCAAGCCUGUCUGUGGACGACCACCCGAUGCAGGUCCAGGAGAACUCGGCCGUGGCGGCAGCGGCGGCCACGGCGACCGUGGUGGCCUCCUCCUCGGCCAAGCUGGCCCCCCCGCCCCCCAAGCCCGACCAGAAGCCAGUGCACGACGUGGUGGCGGGGGCCAUGGCGCGCGCCGCCUCGCAGUCCACCAUCCACCCGCUGGACACGAUGAAGGGCCUGUACAAGGGCGUGGUGGGCGCGGCCACCGGCGCGGGCCUCAUCAUCGGCACCUACUUUGCCUUCUACUCCACCACCAAGCGCUUCCUGCGCGAGCACUCCACCCUCUCCGACGGCUCCGUCGCCUUUGUGUCGGGGGCCACCGCCGCGCUCGGCUCAUCCGUGGUCAAGGUCCCGCUCGCGGUCUGCAUCCGCUCGGUGCAGGCGGGGGUGUACACCAACGCCCUCGCCGCGGCGCAGGACAUCGUCAAGGCGGCGGGAGUGCGCGGCCUCUUCACGGGCUUCCUGCCGACCAUCCUGGAGGACGUCCCCGACAUGGCAGUCAAGUUUGCGGUGUACGAGACGGUGCGCAACCUGCACCUGCGCCUGCGCGGCCGGCACGCCUCGGUGCUGGAGGACCUGUGCAUCGGCGGGUUUGCGGGCGCGGCCGCCGCGGCCGCCACCACCCCCCUGGACGUGGUCAAGACGGUGAUGAUGACCACCGCCAGCGCGCGGCCGACGGUGGUGUCGGCGUCGCGCGCCAUCCUGCGCGAGGGCGGCGGCGCGCGCGCUUUCUUCCGCGGCAUGGGCCCCCGCGCGCUGUCCAACGGCCUCAACUCCGCCAUCUUCUUCUGCUUCUUCGAGGCCAUCCGCCAGGUGCUGACCAAGCAGCAGGCGGCGCGCGGCGCUCUGUAG